AUGACAAGUGAAGUCACUGUGUUCCCUUACCUGGAGGAGUUGUCUCUCACGCGGUGUCCCGUAUUGAGAAAUGCUCCGAGUCGUUUCCCAUCCCUCCGCGAACUGUGGAUUAGCGAGUGUCAAGGAUUAUCUAGUAUUGGUGUACCCACAUCUCUACAGGUCUUGGAGAUUCACUACUGUGGAAGCCUCACAUCGAUUCCAAUAUCAAAGGGCCUUCCAUCUCUCCGCGAAUUGAGGAUUCGGUAUUGUGAUGGAUUAUCUGGCCUGCCUGACCUACACUACUGUCCCUCGCUUCAGUACUUGAGUGUUGGCUAUUGUGGGAAAUUGAAAUCUCUGACAACCGGGCUGCGCUUCCUCGAUUGUCUGGAGAAAUUGAAAUUAGGCCCCUUCUGGGAGGAGCUCGAUACAUUCCCUGAUUUUCAAGUUCCAUCACAACAACUUGUCUCAUUAGAGUUGAAUGGGUGGCCUAAGCUCAAGUCUGUUCCUCAGCCAAUUAUACACUUCACUUCAGUGGAAGAAUUGACUAUACGAGACUUCAAUGGGGUGGAGGAUUUACCAGAGUGGCUGGGCAACCUGACAUCUGUCCGCAAGCUGCAUGUUUUGGAUUGCGAGAAUGUCAAGUAUCUACCUUCACUCAAAGCAAUGCGAGGCCUUACCAAAUUAGAGACUUUACGGAUCGCUAGAUGUCCACUAUUAGAGGAAUGGCCCAAGAUUUCUCACGUUCCAAAUAUCGAUUGUAAGCUUCAGACUGACUGUUUGGUGAUGAUGGUCACAUUGUAUGAGGAUUGGGAAAAACUUAAUUUAGUGAGGAUUGCAAAUGGCUCAGACCCUCGCCGAAGUACUCCAUCUUGA